AUGUCAAGAGGUAAAACAAUAAGACCGUCGUAUUACGAUGAAGAGGAAUCUUCACAAGAUGAAUUGAGUCACACUUUAAGUAAAGGCCGUUCAAAUAUUGGCUCACAAUCAGAUGAUGAAGAAAUGUCCAAAAUAUCAUUUGGUGCUCUUAAUCGAGCCCAAUCUAAAUUGAACAAACACAAUCAAAAACAUAAAACACAGGAGGACAACUAUAAGUCUUCAGAAGAAGAGUUUUUUGAUUCAGACUCAGAUUCAGACGGUCCACCAGAGGAAACAAGUUCUAAAGAUACUAAAAAGAAGAAAAACAAACAUGCUCCAUCAGAAUCCUCUUCCAAAAGACCAGUUUCAAGGAUAAGAGAUAUACCUGGAUUACCGUCUAGAAAACAACAAACUUUGCAUACCGAUAUUAGGUUUGAUGCUGCGUAUGGGAAAGCUGAUUUGGCCAAGGCAAGAAAAGAUUAUGCCUUUUUAGAUGAAUAUCGAAAGCAAGAAAUAGCGAAUAUGGAAAGUUUAUUAAAAGAUAAAAAGAGUAAAUUGAAUGAUGAUGAAAGAGAAGAAAUCAAACUACAGUUACAAUCAUUAAAAUCUCGUAUGGAUACUUUGAAAAAUCGUGAUUUGGAAAAUAAUAUCUUAUCAAAUUAUAAAAAGCAACAAAUGGAAAGUUUCAAAGAAGGUAAAGUGAAUAAACCUUAUUUUCUUAAACGUAGUGAUAAACGUAAGAUAUUACAAAAGGCCAAAUUUGAUUCUAUGAAGCCUAAACAAAGAGAAAAGGCAAUGGAAAGGAAAAGGAAGAAGAGAUUGGGUAAAGAAUUCAGACAAUUGGAAUUCAAACCAACUAAUCGUUAA